AUGUUGGGAAGGAUCAUAUUCAUCAGUGCAGUUUCUCUAGCAACAAUAACAGUCAUUCUCUUGGCCUUGCUAUCACCAGUGUCCCACAAGAAGAUCCAUUCAAGGCCAUGGUUGGAUCUAUCCUUGUACAUCCAACAACCUCAAAUAACAACCUCAAAUCCUCACCUUGUACCCAAGGAACAUGCUGGAGCAUUCAUGUUUCACCGUGUGCUUACUGAGGGACCAGAGAGCACUUCACAAGUCAUAGGGAAAGCACAAGGGUUUGUAAUUCCUGUGCAGCAGUUUCAACAAUCAGCAUUCAAUGUUAUAUAUCUGACCUUUGACACACCAGAUCAUUCAGGUAGUUUGAGCUUGCAGGCAAUGGAUGUAACUCACAAGGACGAUGAAAAAUUCAGGGUGGUUGGAGGAACAGGUUCAUUUGCCUUUGCUCGUGGUGUUGCACUUUUUACUCAAACUGAGAGACAACAAAGUGAAGUUGCUGCUACUUAUCAUGUAAAACUUCAGCUUGAAUUCCCAAACCAUUCCCACAAGUUAAGAUGA